GGAUGGAUGAGUUAUGUUGGCUAGAGACUCCUCUAUGUUAUGUACACACACACUGUCUUGUCUUCAUGCCAUCCCAUGCAUGCUCACGAGAAAACGAGAAACCUUCGCCUCAUAUAUGCCAUCCAUGCCAAGCAGACCCACCUGUUCUUCAACCGCCCGUGCUAUCCUUGUGAGUCAAUGCAGUCAAUGAAUGCAUUGAGUCGAAAAUCCUACUCUACUACCAGGGACAGCUUCGCUUGCCCCGCUACCACCCACAGCACCACUGCUCACGCUGACUUGGCGGCCGACGCCAAACUUUCCCCCUCGUGUCGCGUCGCCGACUCGCCCUCCCUCUUGUCCCCUUCCGCGUGGUGGCUGCUGCUGUCUGUGUGGUGGAAUGCUGCCUCUUGGGCCGCCCUCAGCGGCUGCACCUCCUCGUGGUGCUCGUCGUGCGAAGCCGACGCACCGCUGCUCGCCGAUGACGAGCUGGACGACGAUGCCGUCGAUGAGCCGAAUGGUGUCUGGAAGAGGGACCCCCCGAUGCCCAUCGAAGGGAUGGCCGAGGCCAGCGAGCUGACGGCCGUGAAGGCCGUCGAGCCGUAGUUGCGGGCCGUUUUCAUCUCCUCGAACCGCCGGGCCACGAAGUGCUGCGUGUCGGUCAGGUCGGCCGACUUGUCGGUGAGGGCGAACGACUCGGCUGCCGUGUAGAGGGACAGUAGCAGCGACCGACGGGCGUAGAAAUGGGGGCUGGUAGGGGCCUCACGGUCGCCCGCCAGGUAGCAUAUCUCUGACACGAGCCUCCACAGCUUGGCCGUGGUCUCGGGCAGCUGCACGGGGGUGGCCCCGAGGGCCAUGCCGGCCGCCCAGUGCUUGAUGACGGGCGCGAGGUACGAGAUGCGUCGCUGCAUGAGGACGCCGAUGCGGUCCUCGACGUCUAGGCCGUCCAGGUUCAGGUGUGGCGCAUCGUCGUGCAGCUGGUCCAGCUUGACGUCCAUGAAGUGGUAGACCAAAUCCAUCGGCGUGAAGACGCUCCCCGCGGCAGGUGACAGGCCCAGCUCCACGGCAGCGGCGCUGAGGGCCUCUGUGGUCCAGCCGUGAGCGGGCACCUUGUCAAGGGCCAGGUGCAGGAUCUCUUUCGGGUUGAUGCCGCUGCUCGGGGCCUCAUCACUGUGCGCUUCGCUGUGGUGCUCGUGCUCUUGGUGCGGGUGGGAGUGGGUGUCGUGGCUGGAGUGUGGAGGGGGCGGAGGGCUGGAUGCUGUGCGCUCAUACGCUUGUGUCGAGAAGCAUGCUGCUGCUGGAGCGACGGGGCGAGAGAGAUGCCGCGGCAGUCGGUAAGAAUUGAACACCAUCAUUCGCCUCCCAAGCACAACACGACCUCUUGAGCGUAGCCGCAGCAUCUUGACCUUCUUGCUUUGCCUUCU